AUGUAUAGUAUAUUAAACUCUUGUUGUGUUCCAGAUCUGAGAUUGGAGAAGAUGCUGAGGAUUUUGCAAGAAUCCCAAAAGGGUCGAAGCAUAGAUGAGGCUGUGUCUAAUAUAAGUAAAGACUAUGAUCUGGAUCCAAAUCAGGACCUGAAUAAGUUGAAUGAUGAAACAGCUGAACAGAAAGAACAGAUAAUGGACGACACUUUCCAGAAAAAUCAGUUGAAGCCAGGUGAUCCAGGCUAUGAAUAUGACAAGCAGGUAGACUUUGACACAGCAGAGAAGCUAGAAGCUGGCUGGGAUUCUUCUGAAGAGGACUUUUGGUCUUAG